AUGGCAACAUCUCUACUCCAUAUUUCCAUAGAUUUUGGCACAGCAUAUAGUGGCUACUCAGUGAAAUGUAAUACCACUGGUGUAGUUAAGAACUAUAGGGAUGUUACGUGGGGACAUGAAUAUGGGAUUCGAUCCUGCAAGACACCAACAUGCAUUUUAUUUGACGGGAAUGAGGUACACUUUGGUUAUGCUGCCAUGCAAAAGUUUAAUGAAGGAUUUCCAGACGGCAAAAAAACUUUUUUUCAAGACUUCAAAAUGCAACUGUACAGAAAUGAAGGCAUCCAAAUGAACAUGGACAUAUCUGCAGUCAACGGAGGGAAAAUGAAAGCCAUAACAGUCAUCUCUGAAUGUCUGAGGUACCUGAAGAACCAUGCCCUUAAAACUGUCAAGAAUGUCUCCGCAUCUGUUGAACUCCAGGAUUCCGACAUCACCUGGGUGUUAACCGUGCCAGCAAUCUGGGAUGAUGCAGCGAAACAGUUCAUGAGGCAUGCAGCCAAACAGGCUGGCCUGGUGACAGACUCAGACCCUGAAAGGCUCAUCCUGGCCCUGGAGCCCGAAGCUGCAGCAAUCUACUGCAAAGAGCUGCCGAGUGAUGGCUUCGUGGGAGGAGAAGGUGGCACAUUGAAGCUGGAUCAAGUGCCUGGAACACAGUUCAUCACAGUAGACUGUGGAGGUGGAACCAUUGACAUCACAGUUCACGAAGUGCUUGAAGGAGGCUUUCUCAAGCAGGUGGACCAAGCAUCUGGAAAUGGACAAGGAGGACAAAACAUAGACAGGCAGUUAGUAGAAUUGCUGCAAAAAAUAUGUGGUUCUAAAUGUUGGGAUGAAUAUGUAAAGCAGAAUGCAGAGGAGUUUCAGUGGAUCAUGUACACCUUUGCCUCAGCCAAGUGUGCUGAAGUGAAUACAGGUUUCAAAUUUGCAUGUCCAUAUAAUUUAAACGAAAUUGUGAAAAAGCACAAAGGCUACAGUAUGGAAACCUUGUUGAAAGGGGAUCAUGGUGUGAGUUGGAGAAGAGGGCAAAUUGUAAUCUCACCUGAGAAACUGAAGUCAUUUUAUGAUAAGAGCUUGAGUGCCACAGCUGAGCUUCUCCAUGAUAUCAUGCGUAAGCCACGGCUGCAUAUUAAAUACAUGUUGCUGGUGGGCGGGUACGCCAUGAGCAAAAUCUUGCAGAACUUCAUGAAAGAGGAGUUUGCCAGUCAGUGCACCAUCCUGUGUCCACAGCAUUCUCAGCAAGCAGUGAUGGUUGGUGCAGCAGCAUUUGGAAGUCGGCCACAGGGAGGCCCACAGCAACCUGCAGCCUUUGCCAGGCCAUAUUAA